AUCCUAUAAAUAUCCUAUGCAUAAAUCACGCGCAAUUUAUUCAAGAACCUGCCAAACUGGUUGCCAAAAGAAACAAAAUAGAAAUCGGUAUGAUUUAUAGGUUUCCAGUUUGUCCUGCAUUAUUUUCUAUUUCAAUUAAAUACCUUUUCACCUCCAAUGUAAUUUUGCAAGUACAUGUGUUUUUUAUACGAUAAGUGUGAAAAUGAUUCUUCCGCGUUACAGCCGCGCACAACAUCCUUUUUCCACGCGCGCACUCACUUUAUGCUAUGUCAAACACAGGAAAUGGGUUACGAAGGGUUGUCAAUCUAGGUUAUGAUUGUGAUCUUUAUAUGAAGCACAUCUGAGGGCAAAUAUAUGACAUUGCGAGGAAACAGCGCGGUACUCAUUGCCUGAAGUCCUAAACGCAAUAUCGACGACAACCUCUGAUAAGUGACGCGCAAACACGACGAUCGUGAAGCGAGUGCGCGAGUUAUAAAUCAGCAACGUUAAGAUCCAAACGCUUUGGCAGAGCUCCAAAGCUGGAAACGUAAUAAAUUGACCUUUGAUUCGUUAGUGAGCCACAAACCAGACAGGGGUUCAUCCUAAAAAGUGUUUAACGCAUUUGGUCAGUUUGGAAGAGCAUUCUUGGCAAGUCAAGCGAAUUUGGAGAAAAGGAAAGACGCGUUUUUUAAACGACAGUUCCUGAAGGUAAUAAUUGGACUACGAUGGCCGCUGUCGCUGUCGCCUCGCUCCCAGCAAUCAGAGCAAACGAGAACUGGCAAUAUGGCGAUCCGUCGUUGACCGAUCUUCGCAUAUCGUUACUGGAUCGUGGACAGUCGGAACAAGUUACUCGGCGAAAACGAAGUGGGAGCUCACGUCACUCGUGGAGGUGGUCAUGGAAACAAGUCUUCAUCAAGCCUUUUCAAAAUCAAAGCUGGACUCGUGGAGGAGGCUCAAGGGGGAAAAGAAAGAAACGCAAGAGCGAAAAUAUCACCAAAAACUCUGUUGAAACAAGGAAGAAAAUGGACGAACUGUAUCGUCUCUGGUUUUGCGAUAACGACGACUCUUCGGAGGAAAGUUCCGAUGAAGAGUACUCGGAAAGAUAUCGUAGGCGUUCGUGUAUUCCUCGGAUCUUUAGCAGCGACUCGUCGAGUUCUGGAAGUGAUACAGACUGUGAAGUUGAGGAACCUCAAGUGUCAGAGUAUGUUAGAGAGGGGCCUUCAAGGAUGAAGGUGGAUAUUAAUCAAGAACAUGAAAGGAUAAGUGUAGAUCUUGGUGGGAUUCCGAGCGCUAGCUCGCAAGUUUCGGACACGAGCGGUUUUGAAUUGAUUCCAAGUCAAAAACAAAGAACAAUUGAGGUUAUUGAUUUUACUAAUCCUGUGGUAAAUGGUUUUGAGGAAAGUAUGAAAGAAUCUCAGAGUCUGUUCAAAGCUGGUUCAACCUCGGCCAAGAUAGAUUUGAUAAGAGUUCCUGAAGAGACUCAGAGCCUGAAAAAAUACGGAGUGAUUGAUAUGAAGAGAUAUUCGUGUAACUUGGCAACACCUCAGCUAAUUCCACAAUCUGUAAGCGAAACUACUGACAAGAAAGUCAUAGCGAUAACCUCAAAUAUUACCGUUCACGGGGAGCAUUCUCAAAAACCUAUAUUCACAAGUGGUCAUAGUACAGCCCAAGAUCAUGACCUAAUCACAAACGAUUCCUAUGAUACUGUAAACAACGAGGAAGGACACCAGGAUGACCGCACUGACCCAGACGUGACGACAAGGCAACAAGGCAUGAUUAACAUUUGUCGUAAUAACAGCGCUAUCACCGAACAGCAGAUUCAUCCUGAAGAUAUUUUAAAACGUGUUGAUGAGUUAUGUGCGCAAUGCGGAGAUAACAGGAACCAGAUCGAAUUAUCUGUUGGUUUAUACUCUGAUAUUCCUGAUGAAAGCCUCGAAAGUUCGAACCGUGAAAAUAAUGAGGAGAAUAGUUUCAAUGGGAAUUCCUUUCACCCGAAAGCGCCACAGGAGAGUUGUCCAGAGAAAACAAAUAAAAAGCCGGCUACAGACGUAGUUCCCGAUUACCCAAGUUCAUAUUUAAAUACAGGAACCUUUCGACAGAUGUCAUCCUAUAAUCAAGAACAUUAUUCCAAAGUUCAUUGCGAGUUUCAAAGAUUUGGUUGCCAUUUUUCGGGAACAGAAAUAGCGGUUGACCAGCACAUGAAAUCAAAUCUGAAUGGCCAUCUCAAACUCGUCAGCAAACUCGCAUUGGACCAAAAGGAACAGAUUGAAUGCCAACAGAUGGAACAGCAGAAACAAAGCCUAUUGAUCCAGCAACUGACUGACACCGUUAACAACCUGGAGAGACUUGUGAGGGAACAAAACCAAGCGAGCCAAUCACAGGAGAAAACGAUGCUCUCGCUUAAGGACCAAGUGAAAGAUCAACGCAAACAGAAUCAACGAUUUGAACGAGAAAUCACGAAUCAAAUUCAAUCUCUUAACCAAUCAGAGGUGAGUUCGUUACCCACAACACCAUGCGCGGCGGAAUUUGUUUGGUCAAUCAGGAACUUCCGAAAACGACUACGACGUAUAAGAGAUGGGGAUAUCGAUGACCCUCUCAUAAGUGAACCGUUUUAUACUGGAUCGUACGGUUAUAAACUGUCAAUAUGGGUCUACCUCAAUGGCCGAGGUAAAACCCUGGGGGACUGGAUUUCAGUAUAUGCUCGCGUCAUGCCAAGUGACCAUGACAACAUACUCGACUGGCCAGUGCGACCGAUGUAUACGUUUACAUUGUUAGACCAAUCAGAAGGCGAGAAGGAACACAUCGUGCGCAAACGGAAAGUGAACGAUAUUAGACGUGAUGGCGGAAAACAUCACGGCAUUCACCGACCAGAAGGCGGAGAGCGCUCGGUGAUUGUCGGAUUUGACGACUUCAUUGCCCAUGCUCAGUUGGAGAAGAGAAAGUAUAUGGUUGAUGAUUGCAUCUAUCUCAAACUAGAAGCAGAUAUCAUGUCCUAAACUGUCGACGAGUCUUUGUUCUUUGACACUACAUAUUCUGCCGGUUUUGCUCAACUAGCUUACGAUUGAGGAACGGCAUCACCUAUUACCAGGCAUAUAUCACGUGACAAGCACAUGAGAUCUUAUAAAAGAAAAUAUAUUUUAUAAAUCCUGU